AGGAAUGUCCCUCCUCAGAUAAUGUUAUUUAUAUCUCUGGGCGGGUCCGCGGCUCGGCAGCACCAGGCGCCCGGCGGCCGCUGUGCCAGGAGCCCCACGCUGCCCUCCUCCCCCUGCGCCGCCGCUGCCGCCCCCGGGCUCCCGGUGGCCGCCGCUCGGGUCCCCGCGCAGGGACCCUUCCAUGAAGCCUGAGGCAGGCAUAGUAGCCGCUGAGAAGAGCCUGCUGACAUGACAUCAGCCACGGAGUUUGAAAACGUGGGCAACCAGCCACCGUACAGCCGGAUCAACGCCCGGUGGGAUGCCCCUGACGACGAGCUGGAUAAUGACAACAGCUCCGCCAGGCUUUUUGAGAGGUCCCGGAUCAAGGCAUUGCCGAGGCCCACCAAGGGGAAGAUGCGCAUCCACUGCCUGGAGAAUGUGGACAAGGCCCUGCAGUUCCUCAAGGAGCAGCGCGUGCACCUGGAGAACAUGGGCUCCCAUGACAUCGUGGAUGGCAACCACCGCCUGGUCCUGGGCCUCAUCUGGACCAUCAUCCUCCGUUUCCAGAUUCAGGACAUUGUUGUCCAAACUCAGGAAGGUCGUGAGACGCGCUCAGCCAAGGAUGCGCUGCUGCUGUGGUGCCAGAUGAAGACAGCAGGCUACCCCCACGUCAAUGUUACCAACUUCACCUCCAGCUGGAAGGAUGGCCUGGCCUUUAACGCCCUGAUACACAAGCACCGGCCUGACCUCAUUGAUUUUGACAAGUUGAAGGACUCCAAUGCCCGGCACAACCUGGAGCAUGCAUUUGAUGUGGCCGAACGCCAGCUAGGCAUCAUCCCACUCCUGGACCCCGAAGAUGUCUUCACAGAAAACCCUGAUGAGAAAUCCAUCAUCACCUACGUGGUGGCGUUUUACCACUACUUCUCCAAGAUGAAAGUGCUGGCAGUGGAGGGCAAGCGCGUCGGCAAGGUCAUUGACCAUGCCAUCGAGACUGAGAAGAUGAUUGACAAGUACAGCGAGCUGGCCUCGGACCUGCUCACCUGGAUCGAGCAGACCAUCGUCGUCCUAAACAGCCGCAAGUUUGCCAACUCACUGACCGGAGUCCAGCAGCAGCUGCAAGCCUUCAGCACCUACCGCACUGUGGAGAAGCCGCCCAAGUUUCAGGAGAAGGGCAAUCUGGAGGUCUUACUUUUUACCAUCCAGUCCCGGAUGCGAGCCAACAACCAGAAAGUGUACAUACCGCAUGACGGGAAACUAGUAUCUGACAUUAACCGGGCCUGGGAGAGCCUGGAAGAGGCUGAGUACCAGAGGGAGCUGGCCCUGAGGAGCGAGCUCAUUCGCCAGGAGAAACUGGAACAGCUGGCCCGGCGCUUUGAUAGGAAGGCCGCCAUGAGAGAGACAUGGCUCAAUGAGAACCAGCGCCUUGUGACACAGGAUAAUUUCGGGUAUGACCUGGCAGCCGUGGAGGCUGCCAAGAAGAAGCACGAGGCCAUCGAGACAGACACUGCUGCCUACGAGGAGCGGGUGAAGGCCCUGGAGGACCUGGCCCAGGAGCUGGAGAAGGAGAACUACCAUGACCAGAAGCGCAUCCUGGCCCGCAAGGACAACAUCCUGCGCCUGUGGAGCUACCUGUUGGAGCUGCUGCGGUCCCGGCGCCAGAGGCUUGAAUCCACCCUGGAACUGCAGAAGCUCUUCCAGGACAUGCUGCACAGCAUUGACUGGAUGGACGAGAUCAAGGCUCACCUCUUGUCUUCCGAGUUUGGGAAGCACCUGCUGGAGGCCGAGGACUUGCUCCAGAAGCACAAGUUGAUGGAAGCUGACAUUGCCAUCCAAGGGGACAAGGUGAAGGCCAUUACCACAGCCACCCUGCCGUUCACCGAGAGCACAGGGUACCAGCCUUGCGAUCCCCAGGUCAUCCAGGACCGAGUCAGCCACCUGCAGCAGUGCUUUGGGGAGCUGAGUGAUAUGGCCGCUGGGCGGAAGGCCCAGCUGGAGCAGUCAAAGCGGCUCUGGAAGUUCUUCUGGGAGAUGGAUGAGGCUGAGAGCUGGAUUAAGGAGAAGGAGCAGAUCUAUUCCUCCCUGGACUACGGCAAGGACCUGACCAGCGUGCUCAUCUUGCAGCGCAAGCACAAGGCCUUUGAGGAUGAGCUCCGAGGGCUGGAUGCCCACCUGAGGCAGAUCUUCGAGGAAGCUGAGGGCAUGGUUGCGCGCAAGCAGUUCGGGCACCCGCAGAUCGAGGCCCGCGUGAAUGAGGUGUCGGCCCAGUGGGACCAGCUGAAGGAGCUGGCUGACUUCCGCAAGAAGAACCUCCGGGAUGCAGAGAACUUCUUCCAGUUCCAUGGUGAUGCAGAUGACUUGAAGGCCUGGCUACAAGAUGCCCACCGGCUACUCUCAGGUGAAGAUGUGGGGCAGGAUGAAGGGGCCACACGGGCCCUGGAGAAGAAGCACAAGGACUUUCUGGAGGAGUUGGAGGAGAGCCGUGGGGUAAUGGAGCACUUGGAGCAACAGGCCCAGGGCUUCCCUGAAGAGUUCCGGGAUUCCCCAGAUGUGACCAAUCGGCUGCAGACCCUCCACGAGCUCUACCAGCGGGUGGUGGCCCAGGCAGACUUGCGGAAACAAAGGCUACAGGAAGCUCUGGACCUGUACACAGUAUUUGGGGAGUCGGAGGCCUGCCAGCUGUGGAUGAAGGAGAAGAAGAAGUGGCUGACCCAGAUGGACAUCCCAGACACCUUGGAGGACCUGGACGUUGUACAGCACAGGUUCGUCAUCCUCGAUCAGGAGAUGAAGACUUUGAAGGAUCAGAUUGAUGGUGUGAACCUUGCUGCCAACAACCUGAUGGAGAGCAGCCACCCCCGCAGCAGAGAAGUGAAAACAUACCAGGACAACCUGAACACCAGGUGGAAGGACUUCCAGGACUUGGUGUCACAGCGAAGGGAGGCAGUAGACUCAGCCCUCCGGGUGAACAACUACUGCGUGGACUGCGAGGAGACCAGCAAGUGGAUAGAGGACAAGACGGACGUUGUGGAGGCUAUAAAGAACCUGGGUCAGGACCUGGCAGGCAUCAUUACCAUCCAGAGGAAGUUGUCAGGGUUGGAGCGUGAUGUCGCAGCCAUCCAGGACCGAGUGGGGGCCCUGAAGCGUGAGUCAGAGCAGCUGAUGGAGUCCCACCCGGAGCAGAAGGAUGACAUUGGCCAGCGGUAUGCAGAUGUUGAGAAGCGGUGGGAAACCCUGCAGGAUGCCCUGAAGGACCAGGAGGCCUCCCUCGGUGAGGCCAGCAAGCUGCAGGCCUUCCUGCAGAAUCUGGACGAGUUCCAGGCCUGGCUGUCCAUGGCGCAGAAGGCUGUGGCCUCUGAGGACAUGCCUGAGUCGCUCCCAGAGGCCGAGCAGCUCCUGCAGCAGCAUGCAGCUCUCAAGGAUGAGAUGGACAGUCACCAGGAACGCUACCAGCAGAUCCGGGCCUCUGGGGAGCAGGUGAUCGAGCAGUUCCUACAGCAGCAUGCAGCCAUCAGGCAGGAGAUGGACAGUCCCCAGGAGGGCGACGAGCCACCCGAGGCCUCUGGGCAGGAGGCGACCGAAGCCCACAAGUAUCCGGAGUAUCAGCUCCUGGGCCAGCGGCUGGAGGGCCUGGGCACUGGCUGGGAUGCCUUGUGCCGGAUGUGGGAGAGUCGUGGCCACUCUCUCCAUCAGUGCCGCGGCUUCCAGGAGUUCCAGAAAGAUGCCAAGCAGGCUGAAGCCAUCCUCAGCAACCAGGAAUACACUCUGGCUCAUGUGGAGACUCCAGACUCCCUGGCUGCUGCAGAGGCUGGGAUCCGGAAGUUUGAGGAUUUCUUGAUGUCUAUGGAGAGCAACAAGGAUAAGGUCUUGAGUCCUGUGGACUCUGGAAACAAAUUGGUGGCUGAGGGGAACCUGUACUCGGACAAGAUCAAGGAGAAGGUGCAGCUGAUAGAAGACAGGCACCAGAAGAACAACGAGAAGGCCCAAGAAGCCUCGGUCGUCCUGAAAGACAACCUGGAGCUGCAGCACUUCCUCCAGAGCUGCCAGGAGCUCACUCUCUGGAUCAACGACAAGCUGCUGACAUCGCUGGAUCCCUCCUACGAUGAAAUGCGCAACCUUCCCAACAAAUGGCUCAAGCACCAGGCUUUUGUGGCUGAGCUGGCUUCGCACCAGGGGUGGCUGGAGAACAUUGACGCAGAAGGGGAGCAGCUGAUAGAGGAGAAGCCCUGGUUCAAGAUGAAGGUGUCCGAGAGGCUGGACGCCUUGCACCGGCUCUGGGAUGAGCUGCAGGACACCACCAAGAAGGUGACCGAAGAGCUCUUGAAGGCCAGGAGCUCUGACCUGCGCUCAAGGACCGAAGCGGACCUGAACAAGUGGAUCAAUGCCAUGGAGGACCAACUGCGGUCAGAUGACCUGGGCAAGGACCUGACCAGUGUCAACCGGAUGUUGGCUAAGUUGAAACGAGUAGAGGACCAAGUGAACAUGCGCAAGGUGGAACUGGAGGAGCUGUUUACCUCACCAGGAGAAGACACAGACCUGAGUGUCCAGAGGCGAUUCUUGGACCUCCUGGAGCCACUGGGGAGGAGGAGGAAGCAGCUGGAAUUAUCCAGAGCCAAGCUGCAGAUCAGCCGGGACCUAGAGGAUGAGACGCUCUGGGUGGAGGAGAGGCUGCCGCUGGCCCAGUCAGCCGACUGUGGCACGAAUCUGCAGACCGUGCAGCUGUUCAUGAAGAAGAACCAGACACUGCAGAAUGAGGUCCAGGGCCAUGCACCACGGGUGGAGGAUGUGCUGCAGCGGGGGAAGCAGCUGGUGGUGGAAGCAGAGACCGACCUCCAGGACAUUGAGGAGCGCCUGGGGCACCUGCAGGCCUCCUGGGACACGCUGCGGCAGGCAGCGGUUGGACGGGGGCAGCUCCUGCGGGAUGCCCAUGAGGCACAGCAGUACUACCUGGAUGCUGAUGAGGCUGAGGCCUGGAUCAGUGAGCAGGAACUCUACAUCUUCUCCGAUGAGCCCCCCAAGGAUGAAGAGGGCGCCAUAGUGAUGCUGAAGCGGCACCUGCGGCUGCAACGCACCGUGGAGGAGUACGGCAGGAACAUCAAGCAGCUGGCUGGCCGGGCACAGAGCCUGCUGGGUGCGGGCCACCCUGAGGGGGAACAGAUUAUCAGACAUCAGGGGCAAGUGGACAAACAGUAUGCGGGGCUGAAGGAAAUGGCUGAGGAGCGCAGACGGAAGCUGGAGAACAUGUACCACCUGUUCCAGCUGAAGAGGGAGGCUGAUGACCUGGAUCAGUGGAUGACAGAGAAGGAGAAGGUGGCCUCCGACCAGGAGAUGGGGCAAGACUUUGACCACGUGACUAUGCUCAGAGACAAGUUCCGAGACUUUGCCCGGGAGACUGGGGCAAUCGGGCAGGAGCGGGUAGACAAUGUGAAUGCCAUCAUUGAGCGGCUCAUCGACGCCGGCCACAGCGAGGCGGCCACCAUUGCUGAGUGGAAGGAUGGGUUGAACGACACGUGGGCAGACCUGCUGGAGCUCAUCGACACCCGCAUGCAGCUACUGGCAGCCUCCUACGACCUGCACCGCUACUUCUACACGGGUGCUGAGAUCCUAGGCCUCAUUGAGGAGAAGCACCGGGAGCUGCCCGAGGACGUGGGGCUAGACGCCAGCACAGCAGAGUCCUUUCACCGCGUGCACACUGCCUUCGAACGGGAGCUCCACCUCCUGGGCGUGCAGGUACAGCAGUUCCAGGAUGUGGCCACACGCUUACAGACGGCGUACGCUGGGGAGAAGGCAGAUGCCAUCCAGGGCAAGGAGCAGGAGGUGUCCGCGGCCUGGCAGGCACUGCUCGACGCCUGUGCCGGGCGCCGGACCCAGCUGGUGGACACGGCUGACAAAUUCCGCUUCUUCAGCAUGAUCCGAGACCUCUUGUCCUGGAUGGAGAGUGUCAUCAGGCAGAUUGAGACCCAGGAGAAGCCCAGGGAUGUCUCCUCAGUGGAGCUGCUCUUGAAGUAUCACCAGGGCAUCAAGGCAGAGAUCAACACCCGGGCCAAGAACUUUAACACCUGCCUGGAGCUCGGGGAGUCCCUGCUGCAGCGGCAGCACCAGGCCUCGGAUGAGAUCCGGGAGAAACUGCAGCAGAUGAUGGCCAAGCGGCUAGAGAUGGAUAAGAAAUGGGAGGACCGGGAGGACCGGCUCCGCAUGUUGCUCGAGGUGUGCCAGUUCUCCAGGGAUGCCUCUGUGGCUGAAGCAUGGCUGAUCGCCCAGGAGCCCUACCUGGCCAGCCGGGACUACGGGCACACGGUAGACAGUGUGGAGAAGCUGAUCAGGAGGCACGAGGCUUUCGAGAAAUCCACAGCCACCUGGGCAGAGCGCUUCGCCGCUCUGGAGAAACCCACGACGCUUGAGCUUAAAGAGCAACGCCAGUCCCCAGAGAGACCCACAGAGGAGCCUGGGCCUCAAGAGGAAGAAGGCGAGACAGCCGGGGAGGCGCCCCAAGCCUACGCGACCACCACCGAGAGAGCAUCCCCGCCUCUCCACAUCAGAGCAGGCCUGGUAAAAGCCAGCCCCCUUCUUCAGGGGGAAGAAGUGCGGUCAUGGACUCAGGACCUGCAGCCACCACCCCUGCCAGGGCAGCAUGACGACAGGGGGCAGGACAAGUCCAUCGGAGACGAUGGGCCUGCCUCGGAGCCCCUCUUCAAGGCCCUGGACACGCCUCUGAGUGAAGGCGAUGAGCCCACGACGCUGCCGGCCCAGCUGGACCACGGGCAUGGCGUGCAGAUGGAGGGCUACCUGGGCCGCAAGCAUGAUCUGGAGGGGCCCAACAAGAAGGCGUCCAACAGGUCGUGGAACAACCUCUACUGCGUGCUCAGGAACAGCGAGCUGACCUUCUACAAGGAUGCCAAGAACCUGGCUCUAGGGGUGCCCUACCACGGAGAGGAACCCCUGGCCCUGAGGCAUGCCAUCUGCGAGGUGGCAGCCAACUACAAGAAGAAGAAGCACGUCUUCAAACUGAGGCUCAGCAACGGCAGCGAGUGGCUGUUCCACGGCAGGGACGAGGAGGAGAUGCUGUCCUGGCUGCAGGGCGUGAGCACGGCUAUCAGCGAGUCCCAGAGCAUCCGCGUCAAGACCCAGAGUCUGCCCCUGCCCUCCCUCACGGCCCCCGACGUCAGCCUCGGCAAGAAGGACAAAGAGAAGAGAUUCAGCUUCUUCCCCAAGAAGAAGUAGCCGUGGGCGGCCCCGCAGGUGGGGACGCGCAGGGACCCGGCCCGUCCUCCCCGCCUGCGCCUGUCCUGCUCCGCCCGCCCACGGGCUGCUGCACUAAGCCGCCGCCGGCCAGCACACCGGCCAGCACGCCCGCCUCGCCCAGCCGGGGUCUCCCUGCCCCCCAAAGCUGGAGCAGGCCACCGGGCUCCUCGAGCUGCCCACUCCCCAGCAAGCCUUGCUUGGGGUUAUGCCCAACCAGUCAUGGCCAGAGAAAGAAGAAGGGAAGAGGGACUUGGGGCAACCGACCUGUCUCGGAGGGACAGACAGGGUGCUGCUAGGGACUGAGGGAACAAGGAGAGAUGCAGGCCUCCCUACUGAGCCUCUCAGAGCGUACUUGCUCCAGGGCCUGUGUGCCCCUAACUCCCCGUGGGGCAGAGCCCCUGCCCCCAUUUAGAGUGUCCAGAGGGAAGAGCCUCCUGCUGCCCCAGCACCGUGGAUGGAGGAAGAACCAGCAGCUCGCAAACCAUUCCUCCAGAAGCCCCAGUUAAGAGUUUGGGCUCAGGGCUCAGAAGGAGAGGAGGGGCCAGACAGGUCCCAACACUGCCGAAGGCUCUGCCUCCGGCCACACCCAGUAGCAGCCAAACCAGCAAAGGCCAGCAGAGGCAGGGCCCCCAGGGAGCAGUGUAGGCCCUGAUACAAGUUGGGUACCCCAGCGCAGGAUUAAAGCCUCCCAGAGCAAAUGCCUGCUGUGCCCUGCCUGUCUGCAGCUGCUAACCCAGGGGUACUGACUGGGCAGAGAGCAGAAUUACCACCUGGUGUGGCACCCAUGGCCAUACCUGGGUAUUGCCACCAUCAUGCAUCUAUCGUGACAGCAGUAGAUGCUGGGGCCGGAGCCCUUCUUGAUCAGGACCUUGUCCUGCAGGCCUGGCCUAGGCUUCUGGGGAUCACAUGCAGAGAUCACCAGACAUCUAACCCCUGUAUCCAGGCACCAGAAGGGAUGCUUCAGUCUGUCCCCAGGGAGAGAUGUCCUCAUGCUUUUGGAAGGGGGACCAUCCAGACCCCUUAGUACUGACCUGGGCUCUACACAGACGUCCCCUGUCACUGUACUCUGAAGGCAGUGUAGCUUUCUCUAGCAGCCACAGCCAAGAAGGGCCACAUGGGGGGCAGCUGGUGUGUUCUCCAAGUGAGGCCACAAGCGUUCCCCAAGGCCCGCGGCCAGUUUCUGUGGCCUCCUCAGGAGAAGGUACCUGGGCUGGGGGGAUGAAUUUGGUGAAGCUAAAGGACAAGCCACAGGGGGAGGCACCAUUAUGAGGCCUCUCAAGAGCCCUGACUACUAGCCUGGCAUGCAGCCCUGACGCUGCCAGUGACCCCAGCUCCAGCGGACAGGAAGCACACAAAGGAAGAUCCCACAGCGGUGUUUCACCUGCAUAGCCAAGGUCUUUAUCUGGCCUCGACUAUAGGACCUGUGGCCCUGGGCUUCUACAGGGAACCUAGCUGGUAGCAUUCACCAGCCCCUGUCCAGCCAGGGAAACCAGAGCAAGAGGCAGGGGGGUGACGGCACACCCCCGUGCUUUGGGGAGCAUGUCCAUGCCUCAGGCAGGAGACCGUUCCCCUGGCCAAUCUUAGGGAGCCAAGGCACAAGGGCCUCCCACCCCUCCAAGUGUGCCCAGGCAGCACCUCAGGUGAGGCAUUUCCAGCAGGUGACGCCACGGAGCUCCAAUGAAUUGGAGCUCAAUUGGAGACUGAGCUUCAGUGAAGAGCUAGGAAUUCACCACCCCAAGUCCCCAGAUUGGGCAAGGGCAACCAGCUGCAUGUGACCCAUCACCUCCCGCCAGCUACCCACGCGUCCUGCCCACGUCACCCAGGCCCCAGGACACUCGACCAACUGGACUGACACUGCAGGCGCCCAUCCCCAGGAGACCCUGUGCCACUGUAGGGCCAGGCUUUCCUGGUGCCCAGCAAGGCACCUCUUCCCUCCUUCCUUCUGUCCUCCCUCCCCCACCCAUUACAUUUUCUACUCCAUUCUUUUCCUUACAGUAUUCCUAACUAGGUUGGCACAGCUCCAGUCACACCAGCAAAACGGGCUUCCUCCCUGAGCAGGCUAGAGGAAGCUCCUCCGGGCAUGGUCAGGCGGUCCUCCAUCCCUCUCUCCUUCCCUUCAGCUCUGGCCUCAGCUGACUCUGGCUGAGGGCAGAACUGGAGGCACCUGGGGCUCUCUGCCCCACCUACCUCCAGCUCGUGUACCCUACGGGAGGCCUGUGUCGGGCUCGGCUUCCCUCUACCCCACUCCUGUCUGUCUAUGGAAGCACAGCCAGGUCCCCUAGGCUGGUUCUGGGUCCCCUUCCUCCACGGGAGGAGGCAGGAAUCCAGAGGAUGAGGCCAGCAAGCCAUGUGGCUUGGUCCCUUGGUCAAGCAAGCUCAGGGAGGAUGCGAAAGAGGAGGUGACCACAGAGGAAUGCACCCCUGUCGGACAGACCAUGUCAUCUGGAGCUGGCCCUGAGGUCGGCUGGGCUUGUCCUCCACCUGCUCAAACGUGCUUCCACCAACCAGAGGACACUCAUUUACUAGUUUUUCUAAUAAAUCAAUAAUGCUCUA